CCCAAGCUUAAGAGAGUGGCAGCAUCGAGGACGACAUUCAGACUGUCUUUGGAGAGCCAUCCCAUCGCUCCUCUUCAUGCCCAGCACUGCAGGCACCAUGAACGGAGUUGUGUCCGACCCCAAGAAAGCAGGAAGGGGGCCAAAGGGAGGUAAAAGCAAGAAAGGAGCACCAGUAGAAGAGAAGCCGCCAGAAUACGACGCCAACCUCCCUGAACCCAAGACGAGGGCCGACCUGAUGAAACACUGGUGGCCAGUUUCCUUGGAUGACAGGACAGCGCAGAAGUUGCUGUGGAUCUCCGAAGGAGGCAUGAAGGUGUCCCGCAUGACAGACGAGACGAUGUGCCCCUACCUGGACAGACCAGAGAGAUACGAGCACUCACCACAGGUGCUGUGCAAGGAGGGCAUCAACGGCUGGCGCGGCUACUGGGAGGUGGAGUUUGAUGGCUGGGUGGUGGUCGGCAUCAUGCUGGAGAGUAGCGCGCGCAAGACGAAAGACGGGCCCUGCGGUCUCGGGGAGAACGAGACGUCGUGGGGCGUGGGCUGGGCCGGCAACGGCUACCACGUGUGGCACAACGCCGAGAACGUGAUUGUGGACGAGGGCAUGUGCAACACCCUGGGCAUCUACCUGGACCAGCCGGCAGGCAUCAUCAAGUUCUACAUGGUGCAGACCGGAGCCGACGGAGCCAAGGAGGUCAAGCAGCUGCACCAGUUCAAGGCCAAAUUCACGGAGAAGGUGUUCCCAGGCUUCUGGGUGGGCAGGCAGUCGUUCUGCUGGAUCUGUAAGAAAGACUAGCCACGGAGAAGAGAAGGAGGAGGAGGAGAGAGAGGAGAGGAGAGAGGGGAUGGAAAUAAAGGGAGAAAUGGACAGAGAGAGAGAAAGAGACAAAGAGGGUCCUAGUUUUGAUGGCAAAAACAGCUGGACCGUCUAUUCUGGCCAUGCAUUUGGCUAGUAAAGAAUUGUUUUCUAAAUGACAAAAAAUGACAUGAAUAAAUUACACAGAUAUAUUAUAAAACGAUGUCCCUAAAAUUGGUAUAUUUAUUUAAUUAAAAAAAAACUUUAAACUUGAAUAUCUGGAGGGAGGUUACCAGUUUCUCCAAAACAUGUAGUCCAUGCUGUGCCACUCUUAGGGGGUAUAAACGCUAUUUUGGAGACAUCAGUUGCACUACAUAGCCCGCUGUUUGUUCAACGAGUAAUUCUACUGACGAAAAGGCAGAGGUUUUUGCCAUUAAACUAGGGCCACAUGGUGAUAGAGCAGACAGAAGUGUAGACAGGCUUCUGAGAGCACUCUGAGGGGAAUGACCAUUGUGUUAAAAGAUGCAAUAGGCAGGUUAGUAAUAGCAAUGAAUUUGCAGUGAACCAAGUAAUCAUUUCCCAUAAAAACUGCCUUCCUUAAAUGACUCGUUUGAUGUAACUCAACACAUACAUAAUAACAAACUGGAACUUGUGACUAAAAAUAAAUUCAGGACCAGUCAGUGUGCUACAAUCAAUAUUGUUGUUCUAGUUCACACACAGAGCUGCCUAUUGAAUUAUUGCGUACUCAGCCAUUCUUUGUGCCUGUGAAAGAUAUCAAAGAAAGAAAAGAGAGUGACCUGUGAAGAAACACUUCACUUUUUUGGGGGAAAAGGCUCAAUUUCCAACUCGCACUACGAUCACUUGGGAUCCCAUUAGAUCCAGAAUCAGCUAUGCAUUUAAAAUAAAAUAAAUAUACGUAUAUGGAUACUGCAUAAUUGGAUAAAAGGGCAAUACUAUUUAAAGGAGCUGAACAUUGAGACCAUUUCCAGAAAAGGGGAAGUGUUUAAAAAAAAGACACAUUUCUCUUCUCUGCUGACUAUGUCUAUUCCUGUCUGUUUUCUAUCCAUAUUUAUUUUUGAAGUUUUAAGGAAAGAUGGAAUAACUUUAAACCAUAUAUUUAUAACAGAAUGCCAUGUGUUUAAUUUUCAGUGACAAAUACAGUAUUUGUCCAUAUUACUUGAUGAGUAGUGUAUAGUUUUCCUUUUUUUUCUUAAAUCCAUAGUGAGAGCCUUGAUCUUAAAUGAUGGGUGGUUUUGUUUUAGGGCCUGUACUUCUUUUAUAUGCCAUGUGCCUGAAUGUGUUUGGACAGUGAAACUGAAUCUCACUGAAUAAAGAAAUUGUGACAACUUGUUUAUGUGAAUGAUUCAGGACCUUGCGAAAUGGACUGACACACACCCAAGUCCGAAAUAGCAAUUUCCCACACCCCAACACCUGGAGGGUACAAAGUGCUUCUCACUAUACUCUUAUGCAACACCCGUGUUGGGCAAGUUACUCAAACACUGUAAUGCAUUAUUGAUUAAAUGCCCUUUCAUGUCCUUACAUUACAAUAUUACUGUAUACAACGCUCAUUUCAAUCCUUAAACAUCCAAUGGAAAUCGAUGUAGUAUCUGGCUGAGCUAAGUUUAAAAACAGGUCAGAGUUUUGUGUAAGCCUAAUAGCCGCAAUACAUGGAACAAUGUCAAGAACAGACAAAAUGUCAAAUCUGCCAAAUAUUGUCACUUUAAUAUUGAUAUUAUUUUAGCUGUGUAUUGUAUUAUGAAGUUAAGUCAGAGGGUGCUUCACUGUUUCACUUGAUGUUAAAGCUAAACAUAGGCUAUGGUACCUGUAUUUGUUGUGUCUGUUUAAUAACAUGCUAGAAAUGAGAGAUUGAAGUUGUGCAAAUGGCCAUUAUGGCCAUAGACUUUUACACAGUAUACGUCUAUGGCCGCUACCCUAUCAGGUGAGCAUUUGCCUAUGUGUGUAUGAGCAUAUCCAGUGAAAAACAUGUGGAGUUGGACACGGCGAUGGUAAUUUACCACACCACCAAUUCAAUGCAGGUGGAAAUGUAUUGUAAUGAGUGCAGCACCAUUGUAGAUGUCAACUUAACCAAGUUCAUAGGCCUGGGACUCCAAAAUUAACAACCAUGAACUUAAUUCUGUACGUUCAGAGUCAACCACAUGAACUAAAGGGAUCAAAAUUAAUCUUUUGAAAUGAGUGAAAUGCAAGUCCAGUGUAUGGUACUAUACAGUUCCUGUCCAAAAAAUUUGAAUAUCAUGA